GUUUGGGUGUGGGGCCGACUGAACUGGUGCUUGUCUCAUCCCCAGCCCGGUUCGGCGCAGCGCCGGAUUCCGACUCCGCCACCGCGAUGAUAACCCAUUACCCCUCCCUGCUCCGCGCACCCCUCCCCGCCGGCCUCCGCCACCUGACUCCCCACGCUUUCCAUUUCACCGCCACCGUCUACUCCCCUCUUCCGCCGCCGCCCUUCCGCGUGCGGCCUCUGCGCGCCGCCGCUGGAGGAGGCUCACCGGUAGCUGGUGAUGGAGGCAAACGCGCGACGCCUCCCCCGCUGGGACCCGCGGUGCUCGACUUCGUGCGGAGCAACUUCCUCCCGCUAGCUCUAAUCGGUGGGAUUGCUUUGGCCCUCCUGGAUCCAACUCUUGGAUGCCUUGCUCACAAAUAUUCCCUGUCAAAAUACAGCACUUUUGGGAUAUUCAUUAUCUCAGGACUGACUCUGCGUACCAAGGAGCUUGGUGCAGCGUUACAAGCUUGGCCUGCUGGACUAUUUGGACUAGGCUCAAUUUUGAUGUUGACGCCCUUUCUUGCAAAAUUUAUUGUGCAAAUUCAGUUCUUCCCUCGUGAAUUUAUCACUGGGUUGGCCAUGUUUUGUUGCAUGCCAACAACAUUAUCAAGUGGAGUCACACUAACACAGCUUGCCGGUGGUAAUUCUGCACUUGCUCUUGCAAUGACAGUCAUAUCCAAUCUGCUGGGCAUUAUAUUUGUACCUCUUUCACUUGCAAAGUACAUUGGCGCUGGUGCUGGGGUGUCUUUGCCUACAGAGAAACUGUUCAAAAGUCUGGUCAGCACACUUUUAAUACCCCUUAUUUUAGGCAAGGUCCCAUGGAUACAAGUAAGUAGAUCAAGAUCAAUGCUCUUGUCCGUGCAAGCAAAAGCUUUUGCUAUUACUGUGACCAUUGGAGUGCUUUUACAUCUUGCUCUGUUGGCUUUCAAUGCUACAGCACUGCAGCUCUUGUCGUGUCUUAAACAGAAGGAAGAAUCGGUCUUCACAAGCAAAGAAUAUUCACGAGCUGUCAUUUUGGUGGCCAGUCAGAAAACACUGCCGGUGUUGGUUGCUGUGGUUGAGCAGCUUGGAGGUGCUUUGGGAGAGUCCGGAUUUCUUGUCAUCCCAUGUGUUGCAGCCCACAUUAAUCAGAUCAUUAUCGAUUCUAUCCUAGUAAAUUGGUGGCGCCAGAGAGACCAACAAUCUACUAAUGCAAAAUAACUCAGAAUUCGAAUAUGAUAAUAAGUUGAACAGUAAUCCGGAACUACUCUGGGAAGUUUGUCACCGAGUGAAAUUAAGGUUACAGCAUAUUCAGUCAUUUUGUAAGGAAACAUCCAUUGAUAUUUUCUUCUUCUUUAGAACACCUGGGCUGCUUAAAGCACCGCCCUUUCAGAUGGUAGAACAACUAAUGAGAAUGCAGUUUCAGCUUGUGGUUUAGAAAGUGCCGUAAAUGCAAUGAUCAAUCAGUAUCUUUAUUUGCAAA